CACACACACACACACACACACACAGAGACGCCCCCAUCCCUCCCGUUCCGUCUCCCUCCGCAUCCCCCUCCUCUUCCUUGGGCCUCCGGAUCUCCUCCGGUUUCUUCACCGUCACAGAAGGAGGUCGCGCGCGUGCUCCCGGUCUGGAUGGAGACAGCGAUCGCUAGUUAAAGUAAAGGACGUGCGCGCGACCAUCCCGUAAUGUCUCCGCCACGUCAAGAGCCUUUAUAGCGGACACACACAAGCCACACACACACACACGUCGGUAUACGCGCUCGCGUGGAGGUGUACGUUUGUUUUCCACCUGUAAGAUGGAAGAGAACCAGGGGCAAUAAGAUGGACAAAAUAAGCGCGCGCUUGGCUGCUCGGAUCGUCGGCUUCCCACCGAGACUCCUCCUGCCGCUGCUGCUGCCGAUCGCGCUGCUAACGGGCUGCAGUCACGCCAUGCCGCACGUCCUGAGAUUCGGAGGGAUUUUUGAGUCCAUCGAGAGCGGCCCAUCAGGUGCAGAGGAAUUGGCCUUCAAAUUCGCCUUGAACACCAUCAACAGGAACCGCACGCUGCUGCCCAACACCACGCUCACCUACGACAUCCAGAGGAUCAAUGUCUUCGACAGCUUCGAGGCCUCCAGGAAAGCAGCUUGUGAGCAGCUCUCAUUAGGGGUGGCGGCCAUAUUCGGACCAUCGCACAGUUCCUCGGCCAAUGCAGUGCAGUCCAUCUCUAAUGCACUGGGUGUGCCACAUAUCCAGACCCGAUGGAAACACCAGGUUUCGGAUAACCGUGACUCUUUCUACGUCAGCCUGUACCCGGACUUCUCGUCCCUUAGCCGUGCCAUCCUGGAGCUGGUGUACUUCUUCAGGUGGGAGACGGUUACGGUGGUGUACGACGACAGUACGGGUUUGAUUCGUCUGCAGGAGCUGAUCAAAGCUCCCUCUCGAUACAACAUCCGGCUGAAAAUCCGCCAGCUCCCUGCUGAGACGAAGGACGCCAAACCGCUGCUCAAAGAGAUGAAAAAAGCAAAAGAGUUCCAUGUGAUCUUCGACUGUGGCCAUGAGAUGGCUGCGUGGAUCAUCAAGCAGGCUCUCUCCAUGGGGAUGAUGACCGAGUAUUAUCACUACAUCUUCACAACACUGGACUUGUUCGCAUUAGACAUGGAGCCGUACCGCUACAGCGGCGUGAACAUGACCGGCUUUCGGAUCUUGAACACCGAGAGCGCUCAGGUGUCCUCCAUCGUCGAGAAGUGGUCCAUGGAGAGACUCCAGGCCCCUCCGAAACCCGAUUCGGGACUGCUGGACGGAUUUAUGACGACAGAUGCGGCUCUGAUGUAUGAUGCAGUGCAUGUUGUCGCAGUAGCGGUGCAGCAGGCGCAGCAGCUCACCGUCAGCUCUCUCCAGUGCAACCGACACAAGCCCUGGCGGCUCGGAGGGAGGUUCAUGAGCCUCAUUAAAGAGGCUUCAUGGGAUGGUCUUACAGGCCGCGUUCUUUUCAACAAAACCAACGGUUUGAGAACGGACUUCGAUCUAGACGUCAUCAGUCUGAAGGAGGACGGACUGGAAAAGAUUGGCACAUGGGAACCUCUGAGUGGCUUAAACAUGACAGAGCAUCAGAAGAGCAAAGCGAACAAUGUCACCAACUCGUUGUCCAACAAAUCUCUGAAGGUCGCCACAAUCCUGGAAGAGCCGUAUGUGAUGUUCAAGAAGUCUGAUAAACCUCUCUGUGGAAACGACCGAUUCGAAGGCUUCUGCGUGGACCUUCUGCGUGAACUCGCCGCUAUUCUCGGCUUCCGUUACGAGAUCCAGUUGGUAGAGGAUGGGAAGUACGGCGCCUUGGAGGAGAGCACGGGACAGUGGAACGGCAUGGUGCGAGAACUUAUAGACCACAAGGUGGAUCUGGCAGUGGCUCCCUUGGCCAUCACAUAUGUCCGAGAGAAGGUGAUCGAUUUUUCCAAGCCCUUCAUGACUCUCGGAAUCAGCAUCCUGUACCGCAAACCCAACGGCACCAACCCCGGCGUCUUCUCCUUUCUCAACCCGCUUUCCCCUGAUAUCUGGAUGUAUAUUCUGCUGGCUUGCUUGGGUGUCAGUUGCGUGCUGUUUGUCAUAGCCAGGUUCAGCCCGUAUGAGUGGUAUAAUCCUCAUCCCUGUAACCCUGAUUCUGACAUGGUGGAAAAUAACUUCACUCUACUAAAUAGUUUCUGGUUCGGAGUUGGGGCUCUCAUGCAACAAGGGUCGGAGCUGAUGCCCAAGGCUCUGUCUACCAGAAUAGUUGGAGGAAUCUGGUGGUUUUUCACCUUGAUCAUCAUUUCAUCAUACACAGCGAACCUAGCUGCCUUCCUCACCGUGGAGAGAAUGGAGUCUCCCAUCGACUCAGCUGAUGACCUGGCGAAGCAGACCAAAAUCCCCUAUGGUGUCAUAGAAGAUGGAUCUACCAUGACAUUCUUCAAGAAGACAAAAAUCUCAACUUAUGAUAAAAUGUGGGAGUUCAUGAACAGCAGGAGGCAAUCGGUGAUGGUGAAGAGUGUGGAAGAAGGUAUCCAGCGAGUGCUGACGUCUGACUACGCAUUCCUCAUGGAGUCCACCACGAUCGAGUUCGUCACGCAGCGCAACUGCAAUCUCACUCAGGUCGGGGGCCUCAUCGAUUCCAAAGCUUAUGGAGUGGGAACACCAAUGGGUUCUCCGUACCGAGACAAGAUCACUAUUGCGAUCCUGCAGCUGCAAGAGGAAGGAAAGCUUCACAUGAUGAAGGAGAAAUGGUGGCGAGGAAACGGCUGUCCUGAGGAGGAAAGCAAAGAGGCGAGUGCGCUGGGAGUGCAGAACAUCGGGGGCAUCUUCAUCGUGCUGGCUGCAGGCUUGGUUCUCUCUGUUUUUGUGGCUGUGGGGGAAGUGCUCUACAAGUCCAAACGGAAUGCACAGAUGGAGAAGCGAUCGUUUUGUAGCGCCAUGGUGGACGAGCUAACAGUGUCCCUGAAGUGCCAGCGGCGACUCAAACAGAAACCUCAGCCUCCCACCAUCGUCAAAACCGAGGAAGUAAUAAACAUGCACACCUUCAAUGACAGAAGACUGCCAGGGAAAGAAACCAUGGCUUGAAAGACCAUGACAUCCCUGCCUCUCUUCCCUCUCAUUGAGGUGUGAGAAAGCAUGGGGUGAGACACAGAGAGUUUGGGGCAGGAAUCAAUUUCCGCAAUGCCUUCGUGUCCACCUGGACCAAACCCAGCUCUAUCAUUCUUGGAGAUGUUUCCUGUGGAAAUCCAAGACAACCUGGAAAAGAGACAGAUCCUGUAAAAUUUUACAGAAACUGCAUAGCGACGAUAUCACUGGUUGGAAAGUCUCUUGCUACGCCUCACACUGUUAGGAGCAUAAGAAUGAGAUUUUCCUACUUGUUCUUACUGUUACCAAUAUCCAUUCCAGUAGAUGUUCUACAUCUCCCUGGAUGGAGAGCCUCAGAGUUUGAAUAGUCACAUUUUAUAAUAGUUCCAUUGAUCACAUUUUGGUUUGUGUUAUAUAUUUGUUUUUAACUCUGAUUUAUGUAAGAAAGAAACAAAAAAACAGGAGGACGUUGAAUGUGACUUUGAGAAAAGAAUUUACGUGUAUAAAAGAUAAAGUUUAAAUAAAGCUGAUUACAUCUA